AUGACCAAGAAGGAUAAGGGACCAAAAGUUACCACCGUCACCACCAAGUCCGGUGAACAAUUGAAGGUCUUCGAGGAAUUGGACGAUUUCGAAAGAUAUUUGAGAGAGGAAGUGGAAGACAGUAAGAACGUCGACAACAUGCAUUUACAAUUGAAUUACUACCCACCAUUUGUGUUGCACCACAUCCAUGAUGAUCCUGAUAACAUUAAGGACACCGAUAAUUCGCAUAACAAGAAGUUCGUGCGUCAUUUGCAUCAACAUGUCGAAAAGCAUUUGUUGAAGGACAUUAAGGAAGCCUUACAGGAUCCUGAUUUGAAAUUCAAGGAUAAAUCAAAGGAUGAAUCUUUUGAAGGUAUCGUAUGGCAUUACGCUCAGGAUACUCAAGUGAAAAACAAGAAAUUCAAGGUCCAAGUCAACGUUUCUUGUAAUCAUACUGAUGCAAUGGUCGCUGUCGAUUAUCAAACAAUGCCAUUGUAA